UGCAGUUCUGGACAAACCCAGUCUGCCCUCCUUGUGCAACUCCUAGAGGUUUGAUGGGCUCUCUAAGGCGCCCUCCUUCAUUCCUUCAUUCCUUCUUUCCCUCCCUCCCUCCCUCCCUCGUCCCUUUGGGAGAGCUUAAAUCCUGCUUCGGAGCCUCUUCUGGGCAUUCCCACCGGACACCAUGGUCUCCUCCAUCAGCCUGGCCCUCUGUGUGGGCAUCGCUGCUCUCUUGGUUGAGCUUCCCGGUGCAACAGCCAAGGAGCGGCCUGGCUACUGCCUGAACAUGCCGGUCCCGUCCUCACACCCUUCGGCCAAGAGCGGCUGCAGAAGGUGCGACGUGGACGCCGACUGUCUCCGGAAGGAUAAGUGUUGUGGUUCCCUUUGCGGCAACACCUGCCAGGUGCCUGAGCCACACCGCUGCCGCCUUCCCCCCGUCACCGGACCCUGCAAAGCCGCAAUGCCACGGUUCUACUACAACUGGGGCAGCAAGAGGUGCGAGAAGUUCAUCUACGGGGGGUGCUACGGCAACCUGAACAGGUUUGAGACCAAAGAGGAGUGCGAGCGGGCCUGCAAGGGCAAAGGGUCAAAGUAGAGCGGAAGCGGAAGUGGAAGUGGAAG